ACUUGUCGAUUAUCUGCCAUCUCUAAUUUGCGAACCAUCAUACUACUUUUUGUGGAAUUAUUAUUAAAUUAAAUCUAUUUGCAAAAUGUUGGGCCGCAGCAGUGUGAUUGCACGCAACUUCUCCCAGUCGGUGGUCCGCUUCAGCGGCCAUGGUGGAGUUCCCGGCGAGAACCUGCCCUUCAGCCUGCAGAACAAGUACAGGAUCACCGCCCUGUUCACCAUCGGCUGUGUUUUGGGAUUCGGAUCCCCCUUCCUGAUCGUCAGGCACCAGCUGCUCAAGAAGUAAGGUGCUCCCCCAGGCGACAGCAACAACAAAUGUAAGAUGUACCCUUGUUUGCUACGGCAGCCAGGAGGCCAUUGCUUUGUGUUACAGCUUAAAUUUAAGUUAAAAGUGGAAACUAAAUAAAGUUACCCCAUAACCGUGGUCCCAAA